AUGGUUGUGGACCUUCUUCUUCUUCUUCUUCUUCCUUCAUUGCAGUUACCAACUGAUGCUGUCGACGUUGGCACCCUAAUGUUCCAUUUCAUCAGCAACAAACCCAUUCUCCAUCUUCAACUUCCCUUCACCAAAUCCAUUCACCUCACGACUCCACUCUUCUCCAACCUUCCACAACAAUCCAAACUACCCCAACCGCAACUACUCCACCAAAUCACGCGCCUCCUCCUCCUCCGCCGCCCCCACGCCCUCCACCGCCUCUCUUUUAAAUUCUCCGAUCACCUCACCGAUGCCCUCCUCCGCCGCCUCCGCCUCCACCCCGCCGCUUCCCUCGCCUUCUUCAAUAUCGCCUCCCAACACCCUCACUACCGCCCCCACCCCACCUCCUACUGCCUCCUCGUCCACAUUCUCGCACGUGCCAAAAUGUUUCCCGAAACGCGGUCGUUUCUGCGCCAACUCGUUUCCCUCCACUGCACCAACAACUACCGCGCAUUCGCCGUUUGGAACGAUGUCGUUAGCGUUUACAACGAGUUUGGGUUCUCUCCAACUGUCUUCGACAUGGUCCUUAAGGCUUUCGCGGAGAAAGGCAUGACGCGGCACGCGCUUCACGUGUUCGAUGAAAUGCGAAGGCUUGGUAGGAGCCCGAGUUUGAGGUCUUGCAAUUGCUUGUUAGCGAAGUUGGUUAGUGUUGGCGAAGGAAGUACUGCAUUGAUGGUUUUUGAGCAAAUUGUGAAGGUUGGGAUUGUGCCUGAUGUGUAUAUGGGUAGCAUUGUCGUGAAUGCGCAUUGCCGGGAGGGGAGUGUAGAUGGUGCUGUAGGGUUUGUGGAAAAGAUGGAUAGAAUGGGGUUUGAGAUUAAUGUUGUGACUUACAAUGCUUUGAUUAAUGGGUUUGUUUCUAAGGGUGAUGUGGAAGCGGCUGAGAGGGUGUUGGAUUUGAUGUUGCGCAAAGGGGUCUCGAUGAAUGUUGUUACUUGGACUUUGUUGAUGAAAGGGUACUGCAGGCAGGGAAGGGUGGAUGAGGCCGAGAGGUUGCUUCUUCGAGUGGAGAAUGAUACGGAGAUGGUUGUGGAUGAACGUGUGUAUGGCGUGCUGGUUGAUGGAUAUUGUCAGGUGGGGAAGAUGGGUGAUGCUGUUAGGAUUCGGGAUGAGAUGGUGAGGGUGGGGUUGAAGAUGAAUGUGUUUCUUUGUAAUUCAUUGGUUAAUGGGUAUUGUAAGCAUGGUUGGGUUUAUGAGGCUGAGCAGGUGUUUAGGGAGAUGGUGGCUUGGGAUGUGAGGCCGGAUUGUUAUAGCUAUAAUACGCUGUUGGAUGGGUACUGCAGAGAAGGGCAGAUGAACAAAGCUUUUAUGCUUUGUGAGGAAAUGUUAAGGGAAGGUAUUGAUCCGUCAGUUGUGACGUAUAAUACUGUUCUCAAGGGAUUAGUUGACGUGGGUUCCUAUGCUGAUGCUUUGUGUCUUUGGCAUUUGAUGGUGGAGCGAGGUGUGGCUCCUAAUGAGGUCAGCUAUUGUACUCUGCUUGAUUGCUUUUAUAAAAUGGGAGAUUAUGAUAGGGUUAUGAUGCUUUGGAAGGAAAUUUUAGGCCGUGGUUUUACUAAGAGUGCCGUUACAUUCAAUACAAUGAUCAGUGGGUUGUGUAAGAUGGGGAAAAUGGUGGAAGCGGAGGCUGUUUUUGAUAGGAUGAAGGAACUUGGAUGCCCGCCAGAUGAAAUAACAUAUAGGACUUUGUGUGACGGAUAUUGUAAAAAUGGCAGUGUUCUUGAAGCUUUUAGAAUUAAAGAUGUGAUGGAAAGACAAGCAAUUUCUCCUUCCAUUGAAAUGUACAAUUCCCUAAUUAAUGGACUUUUUAAAUCUAGGAAGUCAUCUGAUGUCGUUGAUCUUCUUGCUGAGAUGCAAACAAGAGGAUUAUCACUGAAUUCUGUUUCCUAUGGGACACUUAUUUCUGGUUGGUGCAAUGAAGAGAAGCUGGACAAGGCAUUUACCUUAUAUUUUGAAAUGAUUCAAAAAGGGUUUACUCCUAAUUCAGUAAUCUGUAGCAAAAUAGCCAGCAGUCUUUAUAAGGAUGAUAGAAUCAAUGAAGCAACUGGGAUCCUAGACAAGAUGGUGGAUUUUGAUCUUUUUACAGUUCAUAAAUGUUCUGAUACGUAUGUGAAAAAUGAUGUCAUAAGCCUAGAAGCUCAGAGAAUUGCCGAUUCUCUUGAUAAUAGUGCUUUAUGUAAUUCUCGUCCUAACAAUAUUGUCUACAACAUAGCUAUCUAUGGUCUUUGCAAGUCUGGGAAGAUUGAUGAAGCAAGGAGUGUUCCGUCAAUUUUGUUGUCUAGAGGUUUUCUCCCAGAUAAUUUCACGUAUGGUGCCUUAAUUCAUGGCUGUUCAGCUGCGGGUGACGUGGAUGGUGCUUUCAACUUAAGGAAUGAGAUGCUGGAGAGAGGUCUUGUCCCAAAUAUUACUAUAUAUAAUGCAUUAAUAAAUGGCUUAUGCAAAUUAGGAAAUAUGGAUCGAGCAAAGAGACUUUUCCAUAAACUUCACCAAAAGGGUUUAGUUCCUAAUGCUGUUACCUAUAAUAUAAUAAUCAGUGGUUACUGUAGAAUUGGUGAUCUUAAUGAAGCCUCUAAAUUGAGAGAGAAGAUGAUAGAAGAAGGGAUUUCUUCAACCCACACUUUGCCUUGA